AUGGCAGUGCCUGGCGAGGCCGCCCGAGUCAGGGACAAGCCCAGCCACGGUGGGGCGAUUCCAGCCCCCGCGGCCGGCCCAGACUGCCACGGUCGUGCGGGCCCCGCGUCGCCGCUGGACUCGGGCUGCUGCGGCUGCUGGGGAGACCUGGUGCUGCAGCCGCUCCGGCGCUCCAGGAAACUUUCCUCCGCUCUGUGCGCGGGCUCCCUGUCCUUUCUCUUGGCGCUCCUGGUGAGGCUGGUCCGCGGGGAGAUCGGCUGUGACCUGGAGCAGAGUAGUGAGGAGGCGGCCGUGGAGGAAGCGGCCCGGGGAGCAGGAGGGGGCGUCUUCCCAGGGCCUCGGGGAGGUGCUCCCGGGGGCGGCGCGCCGCUCAGCCCCUGGCUGCAGCCCUCGGCGCUGCUCUUCAGUCUCCUGUGUGCCUUCUUCUGGAUGGGCUUGUACCUCCUGCGCGCUGGGGUAAGCCUGCCUCUGGCCGUGGCGCUGCUGGCCGCCUGCUGCGGGGGAGAAGCGCUCGUCCAGAUUGGGCUGGGCGUCGGGGAGGAUCACUUACUCUCGCUCCCCGCCGCGGGGGUGGUGCUCAGCUGUUUGGCCGCCGCGACAUGGCUGGUGCUGAAGCUGAGGCUGGGCGUCCUCAUGAUCGCCUUGACUAGCGCGGUCAGGACCGUGUCUCUCAUUUCCUUAGAGAGGUUCAAGGUCGCCUGGAGACCUUACCUGGCGUACUUGGCAGGCGUACUGGGGAUCCUCCUGGCCAGGUACGUGGAGCAAAUCUUGCCGCAGUCUGCGGGGGCGACUCCGAGGGAACAUUUUGGGUCCCAGCUGAUUGCUGGGACCAAGGAAGAUAUCCCGGUGUUUAAGAGGAGGAGGCGGUCCAGCUCCGUGGUGUCCGCCGAGAUGUCGGGCUGCAGCAGCAAGUCGCAUAGGAGGACCUCCCUACCUUGCAUACCGAGAGAACAGCUCAUGGGGCAUUCGGAAUGGGACCAUAAGCGAGGGCAAAGAGGAUCCCAGUCUUCAGGAACCAGUAUUACUGUGGAUAUUGCCGUGAUGGGCGAGGCUCACGGUCUCAUUACCGACCUUCUAGCAGACCCUUCUCUGCCCCCAAACGUGUGCACAUCCUUGAGGGCAGUGAGCAACCUACUUAGCACACAGCUCACCUUCCAGGCCAUUCACAAGCCCAGAGUGAACCCCGUCAUUUCCUUCAGUGAGAACUAUACCUGUUCCGAUUCUGAAGAAAGUUCUGAAAAAGACAAGCUGGCUAUUCCCAAGCGCCUGAGAAGGAGUUUGCCCCCAGGAUUGUUGAGACGAGUUUCAUCUACUUGGACAACCACCACCUCAGCCACAGGUCUACCCACCUUAGAACCUGCACCAGUUCGAAGGGACCGUAGCGCCAGCAUCAAACUGCAUGAAGCACCUUUAUCCAGUGCGGUGAAUCCUGAUUCUUGGAAUAACCCAGUGAUGAUGACCCUCACCAAAAGCAGAUCCUUCACGUCUUCCUAUACUGUUUCUGCAGCUAAUCAUGUAAAGGCUAAAAAGCAAAAUCGACCAGAUGCCCUAGCAAAGAUUUCACCUCUCUCAUCGCCCUGUUCCUCACCUAUCCAAGGGACUCCUGCCAGCAGCCCGAUCAGCAAAACUUCUGCAGUGCAGUUCCCUGAAUCUGCAGAAACAACUGCUAAACAAGGCCUAAGUUCUCACAGGGCUUUAACUUACUAUACUCAGAGUGCCCCUGACCUAGCCCCUCAGAUCCUGACUACACCAGUUAUAUGUAGCAGCUGUGGCAGAGCAUAUUCCCAUGGGAAUCCAGCUGAUGGGCCACUGGAGAGAGGCAGAACGACCCUUCGGACACCAAGCAGAACGGAUGACACAGCUCAAGUUACCUCUGACUAUGAAACCAAUAACAACAGUGACAGCAGUGAUAUUGUACAGAAUGAAGAUGAGACUGAGUGUUCCAGAGAGUCACUGAGGAAAGUGUCAGCUUGCAGCACCUACACCCCGGAGACCAUGAUAUUUCUGGACAAACCAAUUCUUGCUCCUGAACCUCUUGUCAUGGAUAACCUGGACUCAAUUAUGGAACAGCUAAAUACUUGGAAUUUUCCAAUUUUUGAUUUGAUGGAAAAGAUAGGAAGAAAAUGUGGCCGUAUUCUUAGUCAGGUAUCAUACAGACUUUUUGAAGACAUGGGUCUGUUUGAAGCUUUUAAAAUUCCAAUUAGGGAAUUUAUGAAUUACUUUCAUGCUUUGGAGAUUGGCUAUAGGGAUAUUCCCUACCAUAACAGAAUCCAUGCCACUGACGUCUUACAUGCAGUUUGGUAUCUUACUACACAACCUAUUCCAGGACUCUCCACUGUGAUUAAUGAUCAUGGGUCAACAAGUGAUUCAGAUUCUGACAGUGGAUUUACACAUGGACAUAUGGGAUAUGUAUUCUCAAAAAUGUAUGGUGUGCCAGAUGAUAAAUAUGGAUGUCUGUCUGGGAAUAUCCCUGCCUUAGAGUUGAUGGCACUGUAUGUGGCUGCUGCCAUGCAUGAUUACGAUCAUCCAGGAAGGACUAAUGCCUUUCUGGUUGCAACUAGUGCUCCUCAGGCGGUGCUAUACAACGACCGUUCAGUUUUGGAGAAUCACCAUGCAGCUGCUGCGUGGAAUCUUUUCAUGUCCCGGCCAGAGUAUAACUUCUUAGUUAACCUUGACCAUGUGGAAUUUAAGCAUUUCCGUUUCCUUGUCAUUGAAGCGAUUUUGGCCACAGACCUGAAGAAACACUUUGACUUCGUUGCCAAAUUUAAUGCCAAGGUAAAUGACGAUGUUGGAAUAGAUUGGACCAAUGAAAAUGAUCGUCUCCUGGUUUGUCAAAUGUGUAUAAAGUUGGCUGAUAUCAAUGGACCAGCUAAAUGUAAGGAACUCCAUCUUCAGUGGACAGAGGGCAUUGUCAAUGAAUUUUAUGAGCAGGGUGAUGAAGAGGCCAGUCUUGGGCUACCAAUAAGCCCCUUCAUGGACCGCUCUGCUCCUCAGUUGGCCAAUCUUCAGGAAUCCUUCAUCUCUCACAUUGUGGGUCCUCUGUGCAACUCCUAUGACUCAGCAGGUCUCAUGCCAGGGAAGUGGGUGGAAGACAGUGAUGAGUCAGGAGAUACUGAUGACCCAGAGGAAGAAGAAGGGGAAGCACCAACUGAAGAGGAAACCUGUGAAAAUAAUGAAUCUCCAAGAAAGAAAACUUUCAAAAGGAGGAAAAUCUACUGCCAAAUAACUCAGCACCUCCUGCAGAACCACAAGAUGUGGAAGAAGGUCAUAGAAGAGGAACAGCGGUUGGCAGGCAUGGAAAAGCAAUCCCUGGACCAGUGCCCUCAGCCGCACUCCUCAGAACUGAUCCAGGCCAUCAGGGAAGAAGAGGAAGAGAAAGGAAAGCAGAGAGCAGAGGAGAUCCCAACCCCAAAGCCAAACCAGUGACAAUGGGUGAAACAGGCCGUGUUUCCAAACAGAUUGACUUGUCACAGACUUCUUUCAAGCCAGCACAACACUUAGACACAACACUGUAGAAAUAUGAGAAGAUGGACAAAUAGCUACUGCAUUUUGGGAUUCUUCGCAUUUUAUGUGUUUAUUUUUACAGUGAGGUACAUUGUUUAAACUCUUGCUCAAAGAAGCUUUCACACUGCAACACCAGCUUCUGAGGAUUUUUUUUUAAGGAGGAAAUAUAUAUGUGUGUGUAUAUAUAAGCUCACACACACAUAGAUACAUGUAAAUCAUAUUCGCACACACACACACACAUGCACAUACACAGAAAGCCAGGAUUACUGGCUCGUAAUUUAGUAGCAUUCAUGUUAAGAUAUAUAGUGGUCACUGUGAUAUAAUAAAUCAUAAAGGAAAACAAAUCACAAAGGAAAUGGUGCGGCUUAGCAAGGAAACAGUACAGCAAAUGUAGGUUACCAACUAAGCAGCUUUUGUUCUUAACUCUGAGGGAUGAAAGUUCCGGAGCAUUGUUUGAAUUCUGAUACAUCCUGCCAAUACCGUGUGUGUGGACACGCACAUGUGUAAGUGUGUGUAAGCGGUGAUUGAAAGGGUGCCUGUGUGUAUGCAUGCUGGUGUGAAUGCAGAGAGAGGUUUUCGUAGUUUUAGUCAUUCAUAGAGUAACUGUAGCAGAUGACAGUACAUGUGAACAAACAGAAGGAAGCCUAUUCUGGGGUGUCUUUGAGAGGCAAUCAUUCCAAAUGCCCUCUUCCAUUUAGCUGCAGUAAAGGUUCCUUUGCAGAUGGAGUGCAUUCAUGGGCUGGUUGAGAGGGCCACGUGAUUGGUACUACUGCUAUGCACCACUUGGAGGCUCUCUACAACCAGCCUCAAUCCUGGAGGAAAGGCAUUUUCCAAUCUAGGUGCCUAAUGAAUGUAUAGAAGGCUGUGGGUCUGUGAGUCUGUGUAUCACUCACCUAAGAUCAAAUCAUCAUUUAAAGGGAUGACAUUCUUUACAUAAAAACAAUUCUAAGGAGCUAGAGUCAGGUCUCUUUAUCAGGUUAGAAUUCUAAAAGGUCGCUGGAGAAGGUCUGGGAAAUUACACUUAAUACAGAUCUCCUGUGACUUCUUAAUUUGCUGAAAAUGUGUGUUAGAAAAAGAAAGAAAGGCAAACGGGAAUCCCAUAUGGGGUUUUUAGAGAUGGGGGAGAGAAUUUCUGCCUAGUGUUUUGGUGUUGUUGACAUAGUGAAGGCCUGAUCCUUGGCAACUGUUGAAGAUUGGCUUUUGGAGGGUAAAGGUCCCACUGACAAGCCCUGGCUGGUAUUCCACGUGCGGUAUGUCGGGUCAGUUUCUAGUUGCAAUCUGGCCCACUGUCAUGCUUCUUUUGGCAGGGAAGAUCAUAGAGCGAUUGUUUUGGGAUUGGGCUCGUCAUUGAAAGUUGUUUUUGUUUUGUUUUGUUUUUGGUUUGUUUUUUUUUUUAUCUACACCUGUUUAUGCUGUGAGCCAAACCUCUAUUUAAAAAGUUGAUACUCACUUUCAAUAUUUUAUUCCAUGUUAUUAUAUUUGUCGUGAAUAGUUAUCUUGAUGUAAAUAUACAGAUUUUUGUUUUUGUAGAUAGUAAACUCUUUACAAAAGAAAAAGGGAAACAUUUUUAUAAAGUUAUAUUUUAAUCACCAUUUUUAUACAUUUUAGCUCUCUCCAAGCCCAAGAAGAGAAUGAAGAUUCACUUCCAUGGCGGCAAUGGGCCACCACUCAUCUACCCAUGCUAGUUUAAAUCAUAGUCUGAUGUAUCAUUUUAUGCCAAUUCAAUGAGGAUCCUGCAGAGAAUCUUUGUUCACUAGUAGCUUUUGCUAACUGAAAGAAUUUUGGGUCCAUGUCUCCCAGAUAAAAGGCUUUCUGAUCCAGAAGGUACAGAAUUUUUAUAAUCAGUGUCCAUCUCUUCCCAACACUUUUUGGUUGUAACUCUUCCUACAGAUCUGUAUAUGGCCCUUCACAUCAUCUAAACAAUCUUAGCUUGGUAGUGAUCUUGACCCUUUAUGUCCUCUGAAGUCAUAGAAUAGUGUUUACGUUAAAAAAUGCCUUGUUUCUCAUAAACAAAUAUUGUUCUCUUCUGAAGCAAUGAUUUUAUAAUAACCCAUGGUAUUUUUUCAAAUAGGGCAACAGUAAUACAAAUCAAAAAUAAACAUUCCUUCAAGACAACUUUUCCAAUAAGUAGGACUAAUGAGAAAAAGAUCAAAUGGAUGCAGACUUCUACCUAAAUAACUAGAAUAUAGUUCAGUCUUUUUUCUGAGUUAACACCAGGUCUUCAUUAUUUAGGACUUACUGUGUUCUUUCCCAUUUUCUUAGUAUUGCCUCUAUAUCUUCCUGUUUGCAGAAAUUACUGUGACUCAAAUACAUCUCCCCAAUUAAUUUAACUGUUAACCUUCCCUUCAAGUAAGAGAAGAAAAAUAACCCAUCAUUUAUACUUAUAUACCCCUUUUUUUUUACCCCUUAUACCUGAUUGCAAAUGCUUUUCCCUCUUCCAAAUGGCCUACAUUUAUAAAAUAAAUAUAAAUCAAGGAAAAAUCUAGGUGUGGAAUGACUAGGAUGAUGGAAAAUGCAAAAAUGAACUAAACAUUUGGGAGUACAUAACCAUAUACUGGCAGCUUUUUCAAAGCUGUGUGACCCCACGUAUGAGACGAUCUGGCUGCCUCUGUUGGCCUCAGCAAGCUGCCUGGUUUUUGUUUGUUUGCUUUGCUUUGUUUUGUUUUUAGGUACAUGAAAUGGUAGGAGUAAUAGUAGCCACGGCAAUUAGAACGUCUUCAUUCCAGAAUUAUUUUCAUCAGUCCAGGCAAAUUGAUUAUUAAAACCAGAGUUCAACUGAAAAAAAAAGGGGAGGGGGAUGGCUAUUCAUGAACUGGGUCACUUUCUUGCACACACAAAGAAUGCCUACGGAUAUAAAAAGACACUUUCUGCUAGUGAUAUUCUCCUCCUCCAGGGUGACAGCAAUAUUACUGUGUUCACUUUCAGUUCCAGAGCUCAUUUCCGGUGGUGCAGGUAUAUUUGUUGCAACUUACUACAUUUUGUAUGAGCCUAUUCAUAGGCACUGUUAUAUUAACUCAGGUCUUUCAAAAGAAGAAAUUUCUAAUCCACUUGGGGAAAAGGAUAAUCGUAUAGGAAACCAUAAAAUCAAAGGAAGGAGAAAUUGGAACUGGGUACCUUGAUGCCAGUUGAUUGCUCUCUGUUAAGUAAAAGACCAAGUAUAUUUGGAUUGUCAUUGAUGUCAUUUUCAGCAUGUUAAUAGAAUCUCUUUCCAGUUAUCUACCUAAGCUGACCUUUAGAAUAUUGUUUCCUCGGUGAAAAUACCACUUUCACUUAUGUGUGUGUGUUUUUUUUUUUUUAACUAAAAUCCUUUCUUCUUUUUUUUUUUCUCCAUUUAUAUAAGACCUGGUUUUGCUCUCAGUAGAAGAUAAAGAGAAUAUCUCUAUACAGGGUUAUAGCUACACUGGUCUUUAUCUGACAAUGAAGGAAUUUCCUCAUAUUACUUUUCAGAAACUACCCAUUUUCCUAAUAACAGAAUAUCCCAUUCUGUCUGUUCUGUUUUGGUAGAAUUCCAGAACAAAUCCUAACCAUUGCAACCACAGAAAAACUAAAGACAAGGGGUUAUACGUCAUACAGGGUGACAAUGUUAGAAUAGCUGUAUGUAGAUUGGCAGUUCCCCCCCCACCCCCCGUCUCCUGCCUCUCUUUCCCAGAGAACUUUCUUUGAAGAUAAAAGCUGUGCAAAAGGCGUGAGACUCAGGCCUAUCCUUUGUUUAAAUGAUGGAAAAAUAUAAAUUAUUUUCUAAGUAAUAAAGAUAUACAAAUUAUCAUUGUAAAUAAAGUCUAACUUUGAAACGACUGUUUUACAAAAGUGAACUAUUUGUGUGAUGAACAACUCCUAGACUAACAGAGGUGAAUCAUCCAAAAAUCGUUAGUAUUCUACUUUGGGAGGAAUUUUUGGUGCUUCAUGUCAUUAUAGGAAUCUUCACUGUCCUCAUUAUUUAUAGUAUUCCUAAAAUAAUAAUGAAAAUCACAGUAGGGGUCUUUUUGACCGUCUCUUCUACCCUAACCCUGACUCCCCUUAAUGCUUUCCCUGAUUUAUAUGCCAUUUUAGAAAUAACUACCUUCUCAAGUUGGCAAAAGCUCCAGUAAGCAGAGUUCUGUGAACUGUCAUAUUCUAGACUAACUCAAGAGUUUCUAUAUUCUGGAGAUUACCAGUUACCGUGUGUGGGGGAAAAAAAAAGAAUCAAUACAAUUUCAAAUGCAGAUAGCCCAACUUCUGAAGAGGGAGAACUAAAUAUCUAUGUACCUUGAAAUCAAACUGAGUUUUUUUUCAUUCAUUUUCUCUCCUAACAUGCAACAAAACAUUUAUGUCCAAUGUCCUAGUUCAUUCACUUCUCUCAUGAUUUCCCCAUAAUUGAAAGCUAUGGAUUUUCUGAUAUUGUCAAUCCAUUACUCUGUGGAACCAAAUUCAGAUUUAAGACUUGGAGUCUUAUUAGCCAUUUUAGGUGAAAAGCAUUCCAAAAUUAAACUGUUCUUAGAAUCCCUAAUCAAUAGAAAGUAUGCCAAUUUUUAUAUCCUAGAUUCGUAUAGAUUUGUUUCCCUAGAAAAUAUUCACAUUCUUACUGAAAAUUCAAUUAGGGGUGAGUUAAUUAAACUAGAAGCACUGAGUUCAUUAAACUGCAAACUACAAAUUAGAGAACUUAAAGUGGGAUUUGCAUAAGAAUUCAUAUUUCUACACUAAUAAAGCAUGAUCAGAGAAGAAGAACAUAUUUCCCAAACUAUCUUUGCACCAUUGAUGCUAGGCAAUUUGUGCUAUUGCUUAACACCUUUCAAUAGUUGAAGUAAUGGUGUUUUUAACCUUACCUGGUUCACACUAUCAAAUCAUUCUAACAUCAGGUUAAUAACAGUGACAAAAAGCAAUUGAACACUUUGUCAUUAAAUAUGUUUGAAGAUACAAAACUGAAGAUUAAGGCUUUUUUUACGUGGUAGAACUCAUUCUGCUAAUUCAAAAAUACAGAUGCAGUGUAAAUUAUUUUAGUGCAGGUGAAACCAUUAAAAAGAUGGACUUACGUAUACAUGAAAAGCAAAACUGACUUUUGUAGCAUGCUUAAGGCUCUAAAGAGAAUCCAGAUUUCCUAUUUGAAACCAGCUAGUUCUCCAUGUCGUGCUUUAAAAGCUAAUUACAUUCGUAGGUACUGAUACCCAUGAGUUUCUGAUCCCCUAGGUAGUUGCAGAGCACAGAAGAGUCAGCCUUCUUGUUGAUAAGAAAUGCUGAACAUACCCAUGAGCAGAGAGAUUCCUUCAUUGCUUCACAUCAAAAAGUGGUACUUUAAUUAUGGAACUAAUUCAGUUUUAAAAAAAUUGUUCAAAGAGAAUAUUAUUAAAUCAUCAUAUGUAAGUAGUAUCAAGAACAUUUAAAAUUUAUGUCUUUGAAUUAAAGCUGUUUUAAAAUUUUGUUAUUCAAUUAAAAUAAAACCCACAAAAUGGCAUUUUGUAGUAUAGAGAUGUUAAAUAUUUUGAUAUAAUCUGAACUAAUAUUAAGAUAUAGAAAACUGGGAAGGAGGAUAUUUAAUAUUUUUUUUCUAAUGUCAUUCAUGCCUCAGGGGUGGGGAAUGUUUUAUGAAGGGCCUGAUAAAUAAAUGAGAUAGACAAGUUAACUUAGUCCCAAUAAUAUAGCUCUGAUGAAGUGCAAAAAACAUAACCCAGGUUUUUCUGAAUUAUUCUCCCCGAAAGGAGUAUAUUAUCCAGUAAUAUAUCAUGGUGUAGGUUGUUGUAAAACAAAAUGGCCUAUUGGUGCAUAUUUUACUAAAUUCUAACAUUUAAAAACCCAAGUACUUCACUGCUAAGAAAAGUGAAACCUUAUUCAUCUUGACUUUCAUACAUGAAGCAAUGACCUUUUAAUAAACCACACCUACUACAUCUACCUGCCCAGUAUGAUCAAAUGAUAGGUUAGCAUUUGAUAUUCACAAAUAUAAAAUAAUUCGUAAAGCUUUAGUGCUUUAACUCAAUUUUUAGUGUGUGAAAAUACCUACUACAAAUGAAACAGAAGCCACAGCAGGGCUUUCCUCCUUUUUCAAAAAGUAAACAAAACAGUGACAAAAAAAAUGCAAUUCUAACUUAAGAAGAGAGAAGUAUGACUGCUCUGUAUUGUACUUCUCUUACUCUAAACCAGUAAAGGAAAAAUAAUCAGAAAUUUUCCCCUACCCUAAUAAUAGGAAGAAGGAAUGCCCUUCACUUCUAGUUCAUUGUUAAGCACAUGGCUCUAAGAAGCAAAAAAAAAAAAAAGGCAGAAUUGUGUAUUGGGAGUGAACACUACAUAAAAUUAGAAGGACCAUCCCAGGGCACCCCUCCGUCUCUGUGUCAAACCAAAUUAGUGAGUGAUUACCCUGGAGUAAAAUGGCUUUAAUGGAUCCAUAUUUCAACCCUGUCUUCCUCUACUACAGUGAGCACUUACGUGUGUUUCUGAAUGUGAAUUAGAGCUUGGAAACUGCUGCUUGAAUACCUUUUGAAGGGAAGAGUUAUUUUUCAUUCUAGUAAUUUUGCUCCUAUAUAGUGAUCGUGGAAUACUCAAGAUGUUUAAUGUGAAACUAAAAGUAAUUGUUUAAAAAUGUUCCUUCAUGUGUAUAACUUAUUGGCGGAUAGAAUAUCCCCUUCACCUUUCUUUUAAAAAUCCAUAACAUUAUUUUUUCACUCAAAAUCAUAUAUCAGAUAUUUCAUUUUAUCUAUUUAUAAGCAUAACCCAGUACUAUAAAUUUGCUAUCUUUAAAUAAUAACCCUAACGUUUAUACUAUAUAUAUAUAUAAUCUCCUGAUAGUGGGGUUUUAGUGGCUUGACUUUUAGUAUGUAUUUGUUAGCUUACAAAAAUCACUCAUUUUUUAUACUCUUUGUAAAAUAUUUGCAUGGGAUUUUUACCAUAUUAUGUUUGCUUUUUCAUUUGUUCGUUUGUUUCUCCUGAGUGCUUAUUUCUUAAUAUAUUCUCACAGAAGAACACACGCCAUUUUGUUCAACACGGACAAUUUGUUAGUUGACAAGCACUGGAAAUAAAUAUCACUGAAGACUCCACCCCUAUAUCUCUCCCUAGAGAUUUUUUAUCAUGCAAAUCACAAAAUACAAAUUGGUGCUUUUAUAAGUAUUCUGAAGCUCUCAAUGCAAAAUAAUGAAGAUAAGAUUUCUAUAAUAUUAACCCAUGCGGCUGAAAGAACUUAGUCUGAAUUCAGGGUGCUUUUAGUUUUGAUGGGUCUGAUUCAGUUUUUGUUGUUAAACUGUAUUCUGAUUCCUGCUGAAGCAGUCGGUCUGAUCAGUCGUUACCUCUAUGACAACAAAGUAUCAUCAGGAAGUUCUAAUUAACAUGUCCAAAUAUCUGACUUUUUAAGAUAUUUGUAAACCAGAGAGUGUUGGAUUAACUUGAUUUAAUGAUUUUGAAUCGUGAUAUUUUCAAGUAACUGCCAACCAAAGGUACAGUACAGGAACUGUUAUUUGUAUAUGACAAUUUCUAGCAACGUAAUUCUCACCACCCUCAACAAACUGGAAUAAUUUGUUAAUUGAUAACCAUGCAAAAUUUACCUAACUUUUAGAAACAUGAAGAGUGAGACAUUGGAAUUUCAGUGAUCAUUUUGCAAUUGAAAUAAAUAUUGUCCUCUCACCUGUAUCUUGCACUUAAUUUAUGUAGCAAUACUUAAUAUCAUCCCAUCACAAGUAUUUGUUAAGUGACUUAGUUAAUGGCUGAUAAAUGUUUUGUAAAAAGUAGAACCUGUACAGAAAAAAAAAAAUUAGAUGAGUUGUAUUUAUUUUUAUUAUUUUUUAGCUUAGACACUAUAUUGAUGCUCCCUUUCUGCCAGAAUUACUGGAAGUGCCUCUUGGUUUUAUAAAUAUAUAUUCAAGAUUAUUAGAAUUAUGUGUCACAGAUGAUCGAUAUGGAUAUUACAAUGUGAAGAUAAUGUACAAUAUAAAUAUAAUUCUGUGGUACCA